GAUAUCGAUUGAUUUUUUUUUACUACAUUUUAGAAAUUCAAAACCCUUUUUCUUCACAAACAUGUGAUGUGUUUGUCCUUUCCACAUGUAGAUUGAACGAUUAGACAAGUGCAAAUUUAGAUAUAUUGCAAUAAUCACAAUCAUCAUUGGAUAUAAUAAUAAUAAUAAUCAUUCGAAAUAGAAUAUUGGCUGGCAGAUGUGGAUCCGAUUAUUUCCAGUUUUUUUGUUCAUUUGUUAUUCUAUUGAUUGAUUUAUUGUGUUUUCUAUUCUUGGUUUUCGUGGUACUGAAAACAAAAUUUUUCAUCAAAAUUUUCUUCAACAUUUAUAGAUCAUCAUCGAUGGUGAUAAUAAUUAUUUAUUCGUAUCAAAUUCAAUUUUAGUUUCAACAACACAAUCAACAAACAAUGUGCCCAUUCAUAUUAUUCACUUUUUUAUUCACAAUUCUAAUGUUAAUGAUUGAAAUUUCUACUGCAUUAAUAUCGGUAACAUUCAAUGUAACAACACCAGCAACAGCAACUGUAGCAGCCAUUCAAUUGCAUGAAGGAAAAAGUACACCGAUUGAAUUUCAAUUAUCAUCACCUUUUAUCAAUGAAUUAAGUGGUCAUUAUAGAUUUAUAGCUGAUCGUCCAGAUGUAGCAAAUAUUAUUGCCACCAAUAUUGAUGAUGAUGUUGGUGGUGGUAAUGAUCGUUAUGAUUUUGAAAUUAAUCCCAAGAAAAUUAUUCACAAUAAUGAUAAUGAACACCAAUAUCGUGGUCAAUUUAUUGUGAAAGGAAAUUUUCUUGGUUAUUGUCAUAUUGAAUUACAAAAACGACGAAAAACAUCCGAAUCAAUUUGGGACACGAUAAUUAAUUCAAAUUCUUUAAGAAAUAAUUAUCAAUUGAUUAUAUCGAUUAUUCGAGAUAAAGAUCUUAUUUCGAAAAUUUUCAUCUAUUCCGUUGCUAUUGUUGUUUCGAUAUCUUAUAUUAAUAUGGGUUGUGCAUUAGAUUUGCAAGCCGUUUCCGAUGUUCUACGACGACCUAUUGCACCAGCUAUUGGAUUAUUUUCACAAUAUUUUUGUAUGCCAUUGAUAUCAUUUGCAUUGGCUACAUUAUUAUUUGAAGAAACCUAUUUAAAAUUGGGUAUUUUUAUUUUUGGCUGUAGUCCAGGUGGUGGUGCAAGCAAUAUGUGGACCGUAUUAGUGAAUGGUAAUCUUAAUCUAAGUAUAACGAUGACAUUUUUAUCCACAAUGUUAUCGAUUGGAUUGAUGCCAUUUUGGCUAUAUACAAUUGGUCGUAGUAUAUUCGAAGGAACAUCGACAUCGCCACCUUUUCGAAAUAUAUUCACAACAUUAUUCACGAUGGUCAUCUUUCUGGGUAUUGGUCUUCUUAUAAAACAAUUUUUACCACGAGUUGCUGCUGUAUCACGUCGAAUAUUGGCACCAUUUUCUGGUAUAAUGAUCAUAUUUAUUAUCGUAUUUGGAACAUAUGCAAAUUUCUACAUGUUUAAAUUAAUGACCUGGCAAAUGUUGGUUGCUGCUGCCAUUAAUGUUUGGUGUGGAAUGUUUUUUGGUUUCAUAUUAGCAUACAUGUUUCGUAAACCAUUGGAAGAUAUGCUUACUAUUGCCAUCGAAACUGGUGUACAGAAUACCGGCGUAUCAAUUGUUGUUUUGGGUUUAUCAUUGGGACAACCGGAUGCAGAUUUAGCAUCAGCCGUACCAGUAGCUGCAUCAAUAAUGACACCAAUACCAUUAACAAUUGCAUGGCUAGUAAUGCGAAAACGACGAUUUAUGAAAAAAAAUGCAUCCGGUAAUGAAAUCUAUGUUAAUGGUGGUGUUGAAAAUCAUGUUAAUUUUGGUGAUGGAAAAAAUUCUGAACCAAAUUCAUUGGUAUCAUCAUCAACCAUUAGUAAUCAUUCGAGUCAAUUUCAUCAAAUUUAUAAACUCAAUUUAGAUGAUGAAAUUGUUGAAAAAAAUACAACAUGUAGUGUAUUGACAAACUCCAAUUCCAGUGAUUCAAGCCAGUAUUCAAGUAAGGCCAAUUUGAAAAUUUGAUUAUCAUUCAUCCACGAAAGCCAUGAAAAUCUUAAUCAAAUCAAAAUAUGAAUGUAUUUUUGUUGACAAAUGUAUCCAUCUGUUUUUAUUUUUGGUGUGUUGGUCUUGUUUUUUAAAAAUCAAAAA